CGAUUAUAUAUAUCAAAUUAUAUGUCAAAUUCAAAACAGAAUUCAGUUAAAUUUACGCUUUCUUUUUAAAUGAUAUAGGAAAUGUUACACGAGGUGUUAUUUUCGCUGUGGCAUUGCCCUGGUGAUCUGUUUAAGGAAAGCGAAGAAAAUGAUUGGGUUGAAUCCAUUUCCAUGCAGGAAUUCCUUCAUCCUGGCGAAAAAAAACUUCUGCAGAAAAUCCUGAAAAUAUCACUCAAUUACCAUAACAUAGAAAAAUUCCGAAAGUCCAUCGAUAGCUUGGGUCAAUGGGGAGUUGCUCAAAUGAAAGAUAAUAUUUGCAUAAUCCAAGCUGAUUCAUACCUGAUUGUCUUUUGCAAUGGCUUGGAUAAUGUUCUGGAAGAUUAUCGCAAGGAAAUUAUUGGAUUGGAAGAGAAGUUCCUGGAAAAUCCACAUUUAACAUUGACUUAUGUUCUCGCCACUAUGGAGAAAUAUGUCAUGCUCUUUGAUAUGAUUAAAUCUAUGAUUCGAACAAUCACGAAUGAGCAAAUCCAUGGAUGCCUUUUGAUGGGCCGUCUCCACAUGUACACAAUUUCUGGAAUUCCACAAAUUGUUACAGCGGCAAACAAAAUAAUUCAAAGUGUGAAUACAAUGUUCUACAGGCAUCUGGCAAAUUGGAUUAUAUAUGGAGAUUUAAUGGAUGCGAACAACGAAUUCUUCAUAAGAGAUUGCAAAUGCGAUGACGAGAAUUUUCAGUUUCCAGAACAGAUCGAGUCUGUUCAAAAUGUGGAUUCACACGUUUCUAAUAUAAAAAAGUCUCGAGUGCGUAAACCGUGCACUGUGAGGAAAUUUGAGAUCAGACCUGAUAUGUUACCAUCGAUCCUUCCGUUGGAAACGGCUGAAAGUAUUUUGUACAUGGGACGUAUAGUGUGGAUCAUAAGCAACGACCCAAAACGUAAGGACGAUGUGCAGAAGAUGAAAUUCAGACGCGAUAUUUGGGAAGGAAGGAGCGUCGAGUUCUAUAAGAAGAUAGAACAGCUGGAAACUCAAACAUUCAAUUUAGUCAAUUUCGAAAGGACCAUUCAAGUGUGCAAGAAUACGGUCACAAAUUAUUUAUGGGGUGUUAUGGUGGAAGAAGCUGAACUUUUGGAGCAUUUGCAAAUAAUAAGGGAUUAUUAUGCCUUGGGUCGUGGAGAGUUAUUCCAACAAUUUAUCGUCGUCGCUGAAGAACACCUCAAGCAAAUUCCAAAUUAUUAUAUCGUAAAGAAUCUCAAUACAGUGUUCAACGAAACUGCGCGAAAGAUGUACGGAGAAAAUGAUAAAUCGUACAUGAAAUUUGAGCUUACAAUGCCGAACCAUUUGGAAUCGAAGAACUACGCAUCUAACCCGAUGUCCAAUUUGGAAAUAUACUUUGAUAUUAAUUGGCCAUUGCACAUCAUAUUCCAUCCUAAAGUGAUGUCGCUUUACAAUAGACUGUUCAGUUUCCUUUUGAGGUUGAAAAAGACGCACAUCGAUUUACACACAUUAUGGUUGAAUCACAUGGAGAAAAAAGUGAAAAUCGAUCGAGGUGUUUGGACAUUGAGGCAUAACUUGAUGUUCCUGGUGAACAAUCUUCAAUACUACUUUCAAGUCGACGUUAUCGAAGCCCAUUUCUCGCUGCUCAAAACUGCGAUCAAAAGCGCAACGGAAUUCAAAGAUAUCAUACGUAUGCACUCGACUUUCUUAAGUAAUUUGAUGAGCAAAACGUUUGUAAUGUGUUUGGAUGAUAAUACUGGCAAGGAUCGAGGGAAUAAUCUGUACCAAUUGCCUUCGUUGAAUUUUGAAAGAGAAAACAUUGUUUACAAUAUAAUCGUACAGCUGUUGGAGCUCUGCAACAAGUUCUGCUUGUUGGCAUCGACCUGGAGCGGCGAACUCUCCGAUCUAGAGCUGAAUGACCUGGAGGAUUUCCAAACGCAAUCGGACACCAUCACCGAGACUCUGAUGAGAGCGCUCUUUUCUCUCCACGAGAAAGUCUCCGGUCACCAUCUGUUGCAGUUGCUGCACCGGUUGGACUUUAAUCGAUGGUACACGAAGAGAAAGCCCGAUUUUAAUAUUACAAUAGGUUGAAUACGAGAGAGAAAAAAAAUCCAACUUGUUUAUUUAUUUUGU